AUGAGUAACCGAAACCCCUGCCCUGAUGACGGGGGUGGAACUGCACCCUGGUCUAAAGGUAACGUACUCGAGGGCUAUCCUCAAGAUGACUCUGCAGAGGUGGAACUAGGCUUCUUUGCCGGGUUCGUCAAAUCUGAUGGAUUGCCAGGGGCCCACCAGAAUGCCUUGCCUACGACUACCACCACUACUGUCAGCCCGGAUCAAUACGAACCCACACAAAUCACCAGUCAUCCGAAUGUGGCAAACAGUAAUACCGAAUCCAAUCCAGCGCCAGACAGCGCUGAUAUCGAGGACGGUGCGGAGUCGCCACGCGGAAAGAAAAAACGUCGCGGACGCAACCCACCAGAGCUGGAGUAUUCCCAGAUGGUUCUGGAACUCAAUAAAAAACGUAAACGGACGGGACAGGCUUGUGACCGGUGUAAGGUACGCGGGUACAAAUGCGACCCAAGCCCCACUGGCUGCAUCAAUUGCCAAGAAGUGGGCAUGGUAUGCAAACUGACCGACUGCGUCACUGGAGAACCCUAUGUUCGGCGUGCGGCUGGCCGAAUGGCCGCCGAGAUCGAGGAGCUGAAUGCCCGCGUCACUAACCUAGAGCGAGAGAACCAAGAGCUCCAGCGCAACAUCAAGCCCCACUACAUCGUUGAGCAUACUACCAUUCCUCACCAGGAGCAUCAACGACAGCCUCUUUCGCUGGAACAGGAGAUCCUCAACCUUCGUGCGGAAAAUAGCACACUGCGUCAGCGGCUUGCUAUUGUCUACGGCAAUAACCAUACCCUCAGAGAGAGGGUCCAGGAGCAGGAUGAGAUGCUCCGCCUGCCCGAUGGUGUGGAAUUGUACAAUGCAAAGUACAAUUGGGCGGUUUAG